CCACCCGUCCAACCCGUCCAACCCUCCGGUACCUAGCUGCCUAUUACGGGAGCAGCUGCGCCUCCAUCUAGAUAGGACGUCUUCCCAACUCCUAGCUCGCGUUGCCACGAGGUCACAAUCCAAGCACUGCGGUUGGAGUUGUCGGAGACGAACAACCCACCUUGGCGCCGAAUCAACCGGCUUAUUGUUGCACUUCUAAGACGCGUGCACGCCGAGGGCACUAGAGAAGAUCCUAAUAAGAAUUCGGCAUCCCGCUCCCUAGACAUUCAUUAAUAGAGGCGUCCUUCUCUUCGCCUUGCUUCUUGUUCCUCGUUCCUUGCUCCCUCCACCUUCGCGUUUCCCCACUCGACGCCACCAUGCUGUCGAACGUCAUUCUUUCGUUCUUCUUGCUUACCGCCACGUCGGUGCAGGCAAUUUGGCCAAUUCCCAAAACCGUCAGCACGGGCAACUCUACUCUGUGGAUAGGCGAACAUCUGUCGGUUACUUACAACGGAGACAAUAUCCCUUGGGCCCGGGAUUAUGUAGCUUCCAAGUUCACUAGUGAAGAGAUUGUGAAGGGAGGUGUAUCACGCGCGCUGAAGAACAUUUUGGACAAGAACUUUGUUCCAUGGAAGUUAUAUCCGCGACUGCAACUUGAGAAGACGGAGCCGCAACUCUGGAAGCCAAAGACUUACAUCUCCUGCCUCGACAUUAUUCAGAAUGGGACGGACACGUCGAAGACGUUCAAACCUCUUGCUGGUGAUGUCGACGAGUCAUACAGCCUGACCCUAGGAAUUAACGGAAAGGCCAAGAUCUCGGCCGUAUCUUCCACCGGCGUUCUUCGGGGCUUGGAGACCUUCACACAGCUGUUCUUCGAGCACUCCCAAGGGCCGAUUUAUACGAACUUGGCACCUGUGCAAAUCACCGAUGCUCCCGAGUACGAACACCGAGGUCUCCUUCUCGAUGUCUCGAGAAACUAUCUCCCUCUCGAGGCCAUCUAUCGAACUAUCGACACCCUUGCCUGGAACAAGAUGAACCGGCUCCACAUUCACGCCACGGACUCUCAAUCUUGGCCUCUGGAGAUCCCUUCUCUCCCAGAACUCCACCAAAAGGGCGCGUAUGCUCGCGGAAAGACAUACUCGCCCACGGCCGUAACUGCCAUCCAGACGUACGCGAUCCAGCGUGGUAUCGAGGUUAUUUUCGAGAUCGAUACUCCCGGACAUUUUGGCGUCGUGGCUCUGUCGCAUCCGGAACUAGUGACUGGCUGGGGUGCAUCUCCGUGGUCGUCGUAUUGCGCUGAGCCUCCUUGUGGUCAGAUCAGACUUAAUGAAUCCAAGGUGGACCCUUUCCUUGACGAGCUGAUGGAUGAUAUCUUGCCCAGAGUUGCGCCUUACUCGGCCUACUUCCAUACGGGUGGUGACGAGGUGAACUUCAAUGAAUACAACCUCGACCCUACUGUUGGCACAAACGACUCGGCAGUGGUCGUGCCGCUCCUACAGAGCUUCAUUGACAAGCAGCACGCAAGAGUUCGCAAGGCCGGCCUAGUACCGAUGGUUUGGGAAGAGAUUCCCGCCAGCUACAACGUCACCGUCGGGGACGAUGUUGUAAUCCAAUCAUGGCUUGGAGAUGAAGCUAUUGACAAGCUCACCGCCCAAGGCCAUAAGGUCAUUUCCAGCAACUACAAUUACUGGUAUCUCGACUGUGGUCGUGGACAGUGGCUUAACUUUGCCGAGGGCGCAACGUUCGAGGAGAACUACCCAUUCCUUGAUUGGUGUUCGCCGUACAAGAACUGGCGACUGAUCUACUCGUAUGACCCUCGCGAGGGUCUGUCGGAUGAGCAGGCGGAGCUUGUGAUAGGCGGCGAGGUCGGUGCGUGGGCCGAGACGAUCGACGAGAUUAACUUAGACACCAUCUUAUGGCCGCGUGGCAGUGCGGCAGGCGAGGUGCUAUGGUCUGGAAGGUUCGACGCUGAGGGGCAGAACCGCACGCAGCUAGACGCGGCGCCACGCUUAGUCGAGUUCCGAGAACGCUUGGUGGCUCGAGGUAUCAAUGCGGAAGCCGUGCAGAUGACGUACUGCACGCAAGGACAAGACCCGCACACGUGCGAGUUCUCAUAAGGGAAUUUCACUCUCCUGAGAGGAAAGUUAAUGACGCUCAUCGUCCUUCCCAGAAGACAUAUAGAUUGCUGGGGUCAUUUAAGGACACAUGCAGGCUCUU